AUGGUUCUUGUUCCCGAAGCAAAUUUGAAGUCUCUCACUGUAGUAAGUAACAAUCAACUUAGUGGUUCUAUUCCUUUAUCUCUAGCAAACCUGAGUAACCUACAGCUUCUGUACCUAGAUGUGAAUAAAUUAUCUGGUCCAAUUCCUACUGGACUUGGGAAUUUGAACUCUCUUACUGAUCUUGACGCUAGCCAGAAUAAGCUUAGUGGCAGCAUACCAUCAGAGUUAAAAAAUUCAACUCAAUUAAGGAGGCUUGAUCUUUCUUCCAAUCAGUUGGUAGGUGAAAUCCCUGUGGAAUAUGGGAAGAUGAAAAGUAUGCUGAAUUUGUACUUGUAUAAUAGCCAACUUUCAGGCACUACACUUCUGGAGCUUGCAUCAUUCCAUGAACUCCUUGUACUAGAUCUAUCAACAAACAGAUUGAAUGGGUUGAUACCCAGAAGUAUUGGUCAAUGGGCACAAAUCAAUUACCUGAAUCUUAGUAAUAACAAGCUCGGUGGAAAAAUCCCGUCCGAGAUUGGUAAAUUAGUUCAUCUUGAGAAACUUGAUUUAUCUCGGAAUUUGUUCACACAAGAGAUACCAUCUGAAGUUCAAACUUUACAAACUUUGCAGAAAUUGGAUCUUUCCCACAAUAUGCUAUCUGGUUCUAUUCCUAAUGCUUUUACAAAUUUGCAUUAUGGAAUUGAUAUUGACCUGUCUUACAAUGGGCAAUCCAUAUUCAUUGCUUAUCGACAACAAUGUAAAAAGUCUCCACGUAAACCAUUGGAAGAAGAAAGUGGUGAUUAUUUCCAUAUUACAAGUUUUGAUGGUAAAGUAGGGUAUGAUGAUAUCUUGAAGGCAACAAAUGAUUUCAAUGAAGUGUACUGUUUAGGGACAGGAGGAUAUGUACGGGCAUUAACAAAUAUAAGGCACCGAAACAUAGUGAAACUCUAUGGAUAUUGCUCCCAUGCCCGCAACUCGAUUUUGAUUUAUGGAUACCUUGAAAAGGGAAGCCUUGGAUCAAUCUUAAGAAGCGAUGUCUUGGCAAAAGAAUUGGAUUUGUUGAAAAGAGUAACUAUUGUAAAGGGCGUUGCUAAUGGUUUGGUUUAUAUGCAUCACGAUUGCACACCUCCUAUAAUUCAUAGAGACAUUUCCAUAUCCAACAUCCUUCUCGAUUCUGAUUAUGAGGCACGCAUUUCUGAUUUUGGCACAUCCAAGCUUUUAAAGCUAGACUCAUCAAAAUGGACCACAGUAGCAGGAACCUAUGGUUAUAUCACUCCAGAGCUUUCUUAUAUGAUGGUGGGAAAUGAGAAAUGUGAUGUGUAUAGCUUUGGAGUUGUUGCACUAGAAGUGGUCAUGGGAAAGCAUCCUGGAGAACUCAUAACAUCAAUAUUAACAUUAUCAGAUGAUCAUCUGGUGUUAGGAAAUGUGGAAGACAGUCGGAUACCGCCUCCCUCAUCCCAAGUUGUGAAAGAAGUUAUGUCAGUAUUGAGUCUCAAGAGCAUGUUUGAACUCCAAUCCACUUGA